CUCACACGCCCCAGCGCUACCAGGGAGUGAAUACUUCAGCCGUCUCCUCUUCGCCUCCUCCAAACUCAGCGAGGGAGCUUGGAAAAUGAGCAGGGCCCGGAGCCUGUGGAAGUCUUUCCCCAGCCGGGCUGCGUAGCAAGCGGGACGCCAUGUAUCCCUCCCGCAACUGCUCCGACCUGCCCCACCCCGGCCUCCCCACGCAGCCUGACUACCAGGCUCUGUGCAACCGGAGCCAGCCGGACUCCGUCCUGAGCCACGUCGACCCCAAGGACUUGAACCUGACGGUGGAGCAGCUGCGGGACAAAUACCUGGGCCCCCGGCGGUCCAGCUUCUUCCUCCCCGUCUGCGCCACUUACCUGCUGAUCUUCGUGGUGGGGGCCGUGGGCAACGCGCUGACCUGCCUGGUCAUCGCCCGCCACCGCGUCAUGAGGACGCCCACCAACUAUUACCUCUUCAGCCUGGCCGUCUCCGACCUGCUGGUGCUGCUGCUGGGCAUGCCCCUGGAGCUGUACGAGAUGUGGAGCAACUACCCCUUCCUGCUGGGCGCCGGGGGCUGCUACUUCAAGACGCUGCUCUUCGAGGCCGUCUGCUUCGCCUCCAUCCUCAACGUGACGGCGCUGAGCGUGGAGCGCUACAUCGCCGUGGUGCACCCGCUCAAGGCCAAGUACGUCGUGACCCGCAGGCACGCCAAGCGGGUCAUCGCUGCUGUCUGGGCGCUGGCUGGGCUCUGCUCCGUCCCCAACACCAGCCUGCACGGCGUCCAGAUGCUCUACGUGCCGGGCCGAGGGGUGGUGCCGGACUCGGCCAUCUGCACCCUGGUGAAGCCCCGCCUGAUCUACAACCUGGUCAUUCAGAUCACCACCAUCCUCUUCUUCUUCCUGCCCAUGGGCACCAUCAGCGUCCUCUACCUGCUCAUCGGGCUGCAGCUGAAGAGGGAGAAGAUGCUGGAAGGCCUGGAGGCCCGGGUGGGCGGGGGCUGCGACUCCCGCCACAUCCGCCUCCAGCAGAAGACCCUCCGGAGGCGGCAGGUGACUAAGAUGCUGUUUGUGCUGGUCGUCGUAUUUGGGAUCUGCUGGGCCCCCUUCCACACCGACCGGCUCGUCUGGAGCUUCAUCUCACACUGGACGGGCCCAAUGCUGCACAUGUUCCAGUAUGUCCACAUCACCUCUGGGGUCUUCUUCUACCUGAGCUCGGCCGCCAACCCCAUCCUCUACAACCUGAUGUCCACCCGCUUCCGGGAGAUGUUCAAAGAGGUGAUGUGCCGCAGGAGGCGAGGCUCCAGGAAGUACUCGCCCAGCGUCACCCGCACCACCACCCGCAGCACAGUGUGCGAGCUCCUGCCCGCCGGCAACGGGCUGCCCCUGUCCAACGUGGGGGAGGAGGACCUGGGCGCAGAGGGGGAGGACGCCAUGAAGCAUGAGUCGUCCUUCCCCUGAGGACACCGCCGGGGUCUCCCGGGGAGUCGGGCUGCUGGUGGGAUACAGGGACCGAGCGAGGGUUGGGACGGCCGCGUCCUGUGUCAAGUCACUCACGUAUGUCUCCGCUGUCGCUGUGCCGCCUGCCAGCACUGCCCUGGCAUCAUCUCCACCCCCACCUCCAUAGGCCAGACUCGCCAUGGCAUGGGGCUGGCCCUAGGGGAGUGCGGGGCGUGGGACGAGCUCCACCCCAUGCUCCAAACCCGGGACAACACCCCCA